CAAUACAUUCAGGAACAUCCAAGAUCAGGACUGCCAGUAGACAGGACAUAAACCGACUGUGUAAAUACCUGAUAAAGAUAACUGUGUUUUCUUCACCGUAUCCAGACGUGUAAAGCGGUCAUCAACAUGGGGGUUGUAUCUGGCCAGAUUUGCUUAAUGCACCUUGUCCUCUUUUCACUGACCGUUAUGUGUGGAUCACUGGUCAGCCCUAACACCACCGGACUGUGUCAUACCACUGACCCAGCCCCCUACCGACACUACUCCACCAAAACACUGUAUGAGGAUGUCAGGGGUACAGAUCUGGUGCAAAGGCAGUCCGUUCAAGGUUGUGAGCCGUCACUGUUCUACUUGUUGGCCCGCCACGGCUCCCGCUAUCCCUCAGAUGAUGAUAUUGUGGCAAUGCAAACUCUCCUACCUGGGCUACGGGAUAGGAUAAUACAGAUGUCUGUUAAAGGAACUAGCAGAUUGUGUGCGAGUGACAUCGCUCGUUUGAAAGCCUGGAAUUUUACCAUCUCACUGGAAGAGGAAUCGGAAUUGGCUACCGUUGGAUAUCAAGAGAUGUUCUCACUGGCCCAACGAUUCCACACUCGCUUUCCUAGUUUACUGAAGAGAAACUACUCACGUCAGGAGGUGGACGUGAUGAGCACCUACAAGAGUCGGACACAAGACAGCGCUCGUGGCUUCCUCGAGGGCUUGUACAGCAGAAAAGAUAUCCAACCGACCUUCCGGGAGAAAAACAAGGAUCGCCUGUUACGCUAUUCGUCAGCUUGUCAACGCUACCAAAACGAGGUGGAUGACAAGCCAGUUGUUGAACACACGAAGUUUACCAAUGGUUCCAUCUAUAAACAGAUGAUUGCGGACGUAGAGGAGCGCCUGGGACUUCAGGAGAACAGCCUACGUAAAGACGAGCUUUUUACCAUGUACCGGAUGUGUGUGUAUGAUCACGUGCUGUCUAACAACGCCCCCUGGUGUGCAGCGUUCUCAGAGGCUGACCUUCGGGUCAUUGAGUACAGUGAGGAUCUGGAGUAUUACUAUACCUAUUCCUAUGGGGCACCCGAUUUCGCUCGAGAUCAGACCUGUGAAUUGCUGAAGGAUUUUUUCGGUUACGUCAGAAAUGGCAGUUCUCCGGAUUAUAAUGGACCGAGAGCCAUUCUCCGAUUCGGUCACAGCCAGACCUUACAACCAUUUCUAGCGGCACUUGGUCUGUUUAAAGACACUGUUCACUUAACAGCCCUGAACAUGGCCGACGAGGCAGACCGGAAGUGGAAAACGAGUAUCAUUGCUCCCUUUGGAGCAAACAUUGCCUUCACUGUUUACCGUUGUCAAGGGACCACCGAGCCGAAAAUUCAAACUUUCGUGAACGAUAACCCUGUUAACUUGCCAGGCUGUUCAGGGUACAUCUGUGAACUGAGCAAAGCUUUACAAGGGAGACAAAAAUUUGCAGAUACCUGUGACUUCGACACUAUCUGUAAUCCUCUCGCAGGAGGCAGUGUUUCCCUGACGCCGUACUUAUUUAUCACUCUUCUCAGCUGUGUGCUGGUUUUCAUGCUGGGUUAACCCACUCGGACACUGCUUAACUCAUACGUACAUAAAUAAUAAUCGUUAAUGACACCAGUGAGACGACUCAUACUUCAAGAAGAAUUAAACUUUUUUAUGACAUGGUUUCACUGACAAACAAGCACGAGAUGGCCAAAUGCAAAAAUAUGGCCUUGUCAUUUGCUUUUUGCAGGACAAGGCAUCAAAACCUUUCCUUGUAAACAACAGCAUCUUUAUGUAUCACAUGGGCAUCACAUAUAUUUAUCUAGUUCAGGAAAGUAAUUUAUUUUUGUGUUGUUGAUUGUGUCAGUAAAAGUUUAUAGUCGGUCCUACAGGGGUAUGGUUUAUGUAAACUGCUUACUGGUAAACUCAUUCAGAAAUCAUUCUUUAAAAUAACUUGAAAUUGAUUCUCUUUAUGUUUCUCCCGCAUACGUAUUCUGUAACUGAUUUUUGCAUGAUUUCCCCUCUCAUAUAUAAGCAUUUUAGUACAUUUAUAAUGUUUAGUCAAUACUUAGAUUUUUAUCGAAUGAUCAUAGUUCAACGCCGUGAAUAAUCCUGUGUCUGACGAGGACUCGGCAAACACGAAAACGUAAGACAUGACUCAGUUCAUCUGAACUGAUCGUUCGCAGCUGGGCCCAGUAGCUGGUGGACAUACGACUUUGGACUGAACCGACAUACAUAUCACCAGUACGCCAGUCGUUAUUGAACAUACAUGAGCGCUUAGGACACGACACAACAGUCGAAUUGAGUGGAGUCGCGUCGUAAAGGGAUACAGAAUCGACGCUGAUUGGUUGAUA